AUGGUCAAUCUCGACACCCUAAAGCAGGCUCUCACGGGGGAAGCCUCGGCAAGAGCAUGGUCUCUGGGACGGCGGUUGACAGAUACAGAGUACAGUGCCGGCUUCGAGACCCUGUCGCAGGGCUCUGAAAUAGAAACGUAUCGGCAUUUCAUCAUUCCUCAGCUGUGCCAGCAGCUAGCACCUCUCCUCAGUGCACAUGAACGUGUAUCGGUGCUGGAGAUUGGACCUGGUCCAAAGAGCCUACUUGGACAUCUCCCUGUGCACUUGAGGGGUAAGAUCAGAAGAUACACUGCGUUCGAGCCCAACGGGCUGUUUGCGGCGAGGCUGGAGAAGUGGAUCUGCGACGGCUCCGAGAAGGAGGGACCACUUUCUUCUCUGGAUACUCCAUUCACCAUACAUCGACGUCCCUUCGACCUAGAAUGUGGUCCCAACAAGGGGAGAGGUGCCAUCGAAGAGCAAUACGACAUCAUCCUAUUCUGCCACAGCAUGUAUGGGAUGAAGCACAAACGAAAGUUCAUCGAGAAGGCGCUGGGGAUGCUUUCAACAGACGGAGUGGUGGUGGUCUUUCAUCGCGAGGGAAUACUUUGCCUUGAUGGCUUGGUAUGCCACCGCACAGCUUCAUAUCCUACAGGGGUAGCCAGCGUAGCAGAUGAGGAUGGGUCACUGGAUAGCUUCACUCCCUUCGUCGCAGCGCGAGUCGCGCUGGCUGUACAUGCUGACAUGAACUGUCGAGUUUGUUGGCGGAAGGUGUGCCGGGAUUUAGGUCGUCGUGAUGCCACCCGCCCAGGAGAACUCUUUUUCGACUCGCCUACUAUCAUGGCUACCUUUAGCCGGCAUUCGGACAAGUUGUCCGAGCUGACAGAUCAGGUGCCGACGGCGGCAGAAGGCCUGUUGGUCAAGAGCUGGGAAGCUCGCUUACGCCGCCCGGCGACGAUUAUGAGGCCGACAGAAAUUAGUCACGUCCAGAGAUGCGUGGAAUGGGCGCUGAAGUAUGAUUUCCGAUUGACCGUUCUCGGUGGAGGGCACAGUGGAAACUGUCUCUGGCCAAACGUCGUCUCGGUUGAUAUGAGCGCCUUUGAUCAGAUGCAUAUUUUCAAGGACGACAUGGGUUGCGGAGAAGCUGGGUUAAAGCCUGGUGCAUUCAUUAUGGUCGAGAGUGGCUGCAAGACAGGAAACGUUAUCCGAAGGAGCAUGGCCGCCGGGUUGACCGUGCCGUUGGGAGCCCGACCGAGUGUGGGUGCAGGCCUGUAUCUACAAGGCGGGAUAGGACAUCUGACGAAGCUGCACGGGCUCGCAUGCGAUUCCAUUGUUGGUGCUAUAGUGGUCAGCGUCGAGUCCGCGCAGAUCAUGUGUGUCGGCGAGGUACCAAGACAGUAUUGGCCUGUGGGUGCGGUGCGUCCAGACAACGGAGCGGAUCUGCUGUGGGCAAUAAGAGGAGCCGGGACGAACUUUGGCAUUGUCAUGAGCGUUACUUUCAAAGCUUACGAAGCCCCGACAUAUUCCGUUCGAAGCUGGGUCAUUCCACUAGCCAACGAUGAUGAGGCUCGGAAUAAGCUUAGUGAACUCGAAGCCAGUGUGGUUGGCGUUCUUCCGAGUAGUUGUUGUACAGACGUAUAUCUGUACUGGGACGACAAGCAGCUGCAUCUGGGCGUCUCCGCGUUCGAUGUGGUCUCAUCUGACUGCAUCCCCGAGAAUCCCAAGCCCAAGCCCACGCCCCAAUGUUCGUUUCUAGACUCGAAUGACAACCUCAAGACCGUUGACAGUAUCGGGAUUUUCGACGCUGACAUGUACGUAUCAGAUUUGCACGGAGGACAUGGGAGCGGUAAAACCUCUUCGUUCAAGCGAUGUUUGUUUCUCAGAGACAUCGGAGCGACGAAUGUUGUCACGGUUCUCGUCAAUGCCAUUCGAGCGCGUCCCUCGCCUCUAUGCUACCUCCACUUGCUUGAAGGCGGCGGCAAAGCAAGAUAUGUUGACCCUGGCACAUCUGCCUUCGGCUGUCGAACCUGGACCUACGCCUGUGUAAUCACUGGCGUCUGGUCCAGGGAUCAGGAUGGCAGUACAGCCGCCCAAGCUUCCGUUCGAUGGGUGUACAGCGUCGCCGAGAAACUGCUCCCAUUGAGCACUGGGGUCUACGGUGCUGACCUGGGACCGGACCCUCGAGACGCGAUUCUGGCGACAAAGACAUUCGGUCUAAACUUGCCACGCCUCGCCCGUCUCAAGCGCAGAUUCGACCCGCACAACGUGUUGGCUUACGCCUGUCCACUCCCUGAGAACCCAAUUGCGCAGAAGCUCAUCAUCCUCGUGACCGGGAAGAGCUGUGCAGGAAAGGAUUAUUGUGCUGGCGUGUGGGUUGAGGUUUUCAAGAGUCUGUGCUUCCGUGCACACGUCGUCAGCAUCAGCGACGCAACUAAGCGAGAAUAUGCGGCUGCCACAGGUGCAGAUCUGGGGCGAAUCUUCUCGGACCGUGAUUACAAGGAGCAGCAUCGGCCAGCGCUGACGGCCUUCUUCGAAGAGCAGGGGCGGCGACGACCUCGUCGACCGGAAGAUCAUUUUCAGGAUUUGGUCCGUGGAGCUGUUGAUACUGAUGUGCUCUUUAUUACGGGCAUGAGAGACGAGGCGCCGCUCGUAGCCUUCUCACAUCUGGUCGUGGGUAGUAGGGUACUUGAAGUCCGGGUGAGAGCCAGUGAAGAAAUCCGGAAAGCUCGUGGCAGCAGUACCGAUGAAACUGAGGACACGAGCUUGCAUGAUUGUCCUAGUCUGGUCUUCGAGAAUGAAAAGAAUACCGCGGACGCGGUCAAGUUCUUUGCUGAGAAAUACUUGCUUCCACUCGUUCACGAGGACCUCCACCGACUCAACCAAAUGGUUCGCCAGGUGCCCGACUUCCCAUGCCCAGGUAUCGGAUUCCGUCACGUGCUUGGCAUUGCCCAAAAGAAAGGUGGAUUAGGGCUUUGCACAUCUCAAUUUCAACAGCAGUUCGCCGGAGAAUGGUCUGAGGUGGGUGCAAUUGCAUGUUGCGAGGCGGGUGGCUUUAUCUUUGCUCCCAGUCUGGCGUCCCAGGUCAAGGUGCCGUUGGUAUUGAUACGCGAAGCUGGCAAACUCCCUCCACCGACCGUCUCAGAGAGCAAGCCAUCGUCCUACAUAUCUGGUGCCGAGAGCCCACGAGGCAGGCAGAUCGAGAUGGAGAUUGGUGUGGUUCCCAAGGCCGGGUCGGUCGUGGUCGUGGAUGACGUUCUUUCCUCGGGCAGGACGCUUUGUGCGAUCUUGCAACUUUUGGCCAGGGCGGACGUCGAGAUGAAGAGAGUUAGCAUCAUGGUCGUUGCUGAAUUUCCCUGGCAUCGUGGCCGGGGAUUGUUGCGCCAACGUGGGUUUGGCGGGAUCCGGGUCCAGAGUCUCUUGGUCUUUGGCGAUGCAUGA